AUGUCGUGGAAUGUCGGGAUUGCCCUGAAAGAAGUCAACUUGUUGUUCCUGAAUCUGAGCGGUGUGUCCUUACAGAUAGCUGGUAAUGGCAAGCACGAUACUAGUGCAUCGAGCGAGCGGACUGGUUUUCAGCGUCAGGAAAUAGCGUCCAAUUCUACAAUGAGCAGUGAUUUCGGGCGUGAAGGAGUAAAAGCAGAGCAUUUAGUUCGAAACGCAAACAUCUGA